GCCCCGCUCCUGCUCCCGCGCUGUCGCCGCGGUCGCACGCCGAUGGCUGCGGGCUCUCGCGGCGCCGCACAAGCUCCACGAGGCGAGCGACCCCCGGGCCUUCAGGGAAGCAGCGACUGCAGCUCGGACGGGGAGGGCGGAGCGCAGGCAGGCCGUAGUGUCGUCACCACGGCGGCGCGGGCCGAGGAGCCCCGAGCCGAGGCAGCAACGCCGACGCCCUGCGCGCACCCCCUCCGCGGCCCCCUCCUCCGCGGCCCCGCGGCCUCCAUCUUCCUCUAGCUGCCGGUGGCAGCGCUCGUCUGCGGAGCGGGGUUGAAAGACACACAGAAGUCUUCAUGGAUAUAGUUGAUACAUUUAAUCAUUUAAUUCCUACUGAACACUUAGAUGAUGCCCUAUUUCUAGGAUCCAACCUGGAGAAUGAAGUCUGUGAGGAUUUUAGUACAAGUCAAAAUGUCUUAGAGGACUCGCUGAAGAACAUGCUCAGCGAUAAGGAUCCUAUGCUAGGAUCUGCAAGUAACCAGUUCUGUUUGCCUGUUUUGGAUAGCAAUGAUCCCAAUUUCCAGAUGCCUUGUACAACAGUUGUUGGUCUUGACGAUAUUAUGGAUGAAGGAGUUGUUAAAGAAAGUGGUAAUGAUACCAUUGAUGAAGAAGAAUUGAUUUUACCUAACAGGAGUUUGAGGGACAGAGUAGAAGACAAUUCAGUAAGAUCACCAAGAAAAUCACCUCGUUUAAUGGCACAAGAACAAGUAAGAAGUUUGCGACAAAGCACUAUUGCCAAGCGUUCAAAUGCAGCACCUUUAAGCACAAAAAAGCCAUCUGGGAAGACUUUCUCUACCUCUAAAGCAGGGGUGAAACCACCAGAAAGAUGUCAGGGUAAAGAAGAAGUUUAUGCAUCACUGAAAUCUGAGCACCCUAAGGAGAGCAGAAGGAAUAGCCGACAUGCUGAACACAUGGACAUGGUGCCGGAAGUCUCAGCAUCUUCAGCUGAUUCUCCAGUGCCAUCUUGUGUCGGAAUGAAGGAAGCAGCUGAGCUCCAUCCCAGGCAUGCGUGCAAUGACCAGGGCGAAGUGAGCGCGCCAUCCCCGGAGUUAAGUCGUUUGCCUCCCUCAGAGACUAGCGCUGGUGUGGGAGGAAAGAGAACCGAAGCUCUGAUGGAGAGUAAGACUAGCAGUAGCCCAUUAUUUAAGGUUUCCGUUAAAGAGGAUGAGCAAAGUGACCUUGUUUCGGGUGAGCUGGAUGACACCACUGAAGGAGGGAAUGCAGUGGGAAGACUUGAGCAAGAGUCAGAGGAGAUAAAGUUCUCCUGCGAAGGUGACCGGAUGAGCAUGGAACCUGAGUCUUCUGAUGUAUCUAGUGACUCUGCUUGUACCGAUAAAAAUAAGACAGAAAAGAAUGAAGGGGCGCAGUGUCAUUUGGAAUUGAAGAAUACUGUGGAUAUUGUUGAUAAACCUGAGAACUCUCCUCCAAGCAAUCAAAUGGAAAUGCUGGGCUAUGGCGAGGACGUGGGGUCUAAUGAUGGUCAGUUACAGAGCGCAGAGUUUACUAAGUCACAUUUGGAGGAGGUUGACACUUGUGCUUUUGAACCAGAAACUAGUACUUUUGAAAAUACUAUUUGUGAUGUUCCUGACCAAAAUUCAAAGCAAUUGAAUAUUACUCAAAGUAUUAAAAUGGAAACAUCAAAUCUUCAGGAUGAUAGAAGUGGUUUAGAGCCCAAAAACAUGAAAUCCAAACACACAAAAUCUGUAACUCAUUCUAAACCAAGCAUGACCAUAGAGACACCAAGAAAAACUGUGGCAGUAAAGCUUGAGGUAGGUCACAGCAAAACUAAAUCUAAUGCCAAGACUGUGAAGCGAAAUGCCGAUGAACCAGAGCCCCAGCCUGAUUGUCAGAGGCCAGUCAAAGUGAGAAAGAAACAAGUUGAUAAGGACUUGAAGAGUCAGAGUUGUAAUUCUGGAGUUAAAUCUGUGAAAGGCCAAGCCCAUUCUGUAUUGAAAAAAAUACCCCAGGAUCAAACCGCAAUGCAAAUUUCCAAACCUUUAACUCAUUCUGUUAAUGAUAAACUUCCUGGUCAUUCUGGUCACUCCUUAGAGAAGCCUCCUCAUCCUGGACACACUGGACACUUAGUGCAUUCCAAUCAGAAGCAGAGUCAUAAGCCUCAGCUACAGGCGGGAGCGGUGAGGGUCACUAGCCAUGUGAGGGAUGAGCAUGAGCAUCCAGGCACUGAGCACCCUAAGGAGGAGGACAAACUGAAGCCAAAAAAACUCGAUAGGAAUCUCCAGCCUCGCCAAAGGAGAAGCAGCAGAAGUUUUUCUCUGGAUGAGCCUCCACUGUUUAUCCCAGACAACAUAGCUACUGUAAAAAAAGAAGGGUCAGAUCAGACCACCUCUGUUGAAAACAAAUAUAUGUGGACUCCCAGCAAGCAAUGUGGGUUUUGCAAAAAACCACAUGGCAACAGGUUUAUGGUUGGCUGUGGGAGAUGUGAUGACUGGUUUCAUGGGGACUGUGUUGGACUAAGUCUUUCUCAAGCACAGCAAAUGGGAGAGGAAGACAAAGAGUAUGUUUGCAUAAGAUGCUGUGCUGAAGAAGAUAAAAAGACAGACAUACUAGACACAGAGACUUUGGAAACCCAGGCUUCCCUCGAAGCCCACAGUGAAGAUAAAAGGAUGGAGUGUGGAAAGCUGACAUCGUCAUCGAAGCACUCGGUCACCGAGGAUAAACACAGACACACGGAUGACCCUGGGAGGCACAAGGUCAAAAUUUUAAAACGGGAGUCUGGUGAGGGGAAAACUUCCUCUGACAGUAGAGAUAAUGAAAUUAAAAAAUGGCAGCUAGCCCCUCUUCGCAAGUUGGGCCAACCACUUUUACCUCGAAGGUCAUCAGAAGAAAAAAGCGAAAAAAUAGCAAAAGACUCUGCAGCUCUCACCUGCGCAGGAGAGAAAGCGGCGAGAUCAGGUACUCAUGAGAAGCAAGAGACAAAGAAGAAGAAAGUUGAAAAGGGUGGACCUAAUGUGCACGCUCCUGCCACUGCUGCCACCAAGCCUUCUGCAGAUCAGAUCAGACAGAGUGUCCGGCACUCUCUUAAGGAUAUUCUUAUGAAAAGACUUACGGACUCAAACUUGAAGAUCCCAGAGGAAAAGGCAGCAAAGGUUGCCACAAAAAUUGAAAAGGAACUUUUCUCUUUUUUUCGGGACACAGAUGCCAAGUAUAAGAAUAAAUACAGAAGUUUGAUGUUCAAUCUAAAAGAUCCUAAGAACAAUAUACUAUUUAAGAAAGUUCUAAAAGGAGAAGUAACCCCUGAUCAUCUUAUAAGAAUGAGUCCAGAAGAACUAGCCUCCAAAGAGUUAGCCGCGUGGAGACGGAGGGAAAACAGACACACCAUAGAGAUGAUUGAGAAGGAACAGAGAGAAGUGGAAAGAAGACCAAUCACGAAAAUAACUCACAAAGGUGAGAUAGAAAUCGAGAGUGAUGCCCCGAUGAAAGAGCAGGAAGCAGCCAUGGAGAUCAGAAUCCUGAGAGUAUUCGAUACAGUAAUUCGUUGGGGCUUCAUAAGUCGUAUAAUUCGAGAACUGUUGCAACUUUUCUUUAAUUAUAUUAAGGAACCUUCUUCAGCCAAUAAGUCCUCGGAGAAGCCAGAAGCAUCCGAGAAACAAAAAGAAGAGCUUGACUCCACAUCCAAAGACACCACUAGUCAACAUAGACAGCAUCUUUUUGACCUGAACUGCAAAAUAUGCAUAGGUCGAAUGGCACCGCCUGUAGAUGAUCUUUCUCCCAAAACCGUGAAGGUUGUUGUGGGCGGCGCCCGGAAACACUCCGACAACGAGGCGGAAAGUAUAGCGGAUGCAUUGUCUUCAACGACAAAUAUUCUGGCCUCUGAAUUCUUUGAGGAGGAGAAACAAGAAUCUCCCAAAUCAACAUUCUCUCCCACUCCACGUCCAGAGAUGCCUGGAACUGUGGAGGUUGAGUCAACCUUCCUGGCUCGAUUGAACUUCAUCUGGAAAGGUUUUAUCAAUAUGCCAUCUGUGGCGAAGUUCGUUACCAAAGCCUACCCAGUGUCUGGAUCCCCUGAGUACUUGACAGAGGACCUACCAGAUAGCAUUCAAGUAGGUGGCAGGAUAUCGCCUCAGACUGUUUGGGAUUAUGUCGAAAAAAUAAAAGCAUCAGGCACCAAGGAAAUCUGUGUGGUUCGUUUCACACCAGUAACUGAAGAAGAUCAGAUUUCUUACACUUUGCUGUUUGCGUACUUCAGUAGCAGAAAGCGCUAUGGUGUGGCCGCUAACAACAUGAAGCAGGUUAAAGAUAUGUACCUUAUUCCACUGGGCGCUGCAGAUAAAAUUCCACACCCUCUCGUGCCUUUUGAUGGACCUGGGCUUGAGCUGCACAGACCUAAUCUGUUGUUGGGUCUGAUUAUUCGUCAGAAGCUGAAGCGGCAGCACAGCGCUAGUGCGGGCCCCAGUCACGCAGCUGAGACUCCGGAGAGCGCCCCAAUAUCCUUGCCACCUGACAAAAAAGGUAGAAUGGAGUCAUCCACAGAGGAAGCAGCAGAGGAAGAGAGUGACUUUUUCAAUUCCUUUACAACUGUGUUACACAAGCAGAGAAACAAGCCCCCUCAGCUUCCUCAGGAAGACCUGCCAACUGCAGCUGAACCUCUAAUGGAAGUCACCAAGCAGGAGCCACCAAAACCCUUAAGGUUCCUUCCUGGGGUCCUGAUUGGCUGGGAAAAUCAACCUUCUACUCUGGAGUUAGCAAAUAAACCUCUUCCUGUGGAUGACAUACUCCAAAGCCUGUUGGGCACCACUGGUCAGGUUUAUGAGCAGGCUCAGCCAGUUGUAGAGCAAAGCACUCUUAAAGAAAUUCCUUUUAUAAAUGAUCAAACUACCCCAAAAGUAGAGAAAAUAGAUAAAGUGGAAGUGACUGAAGGUGAAGCCAAGGAGAUAAAAGUUAAAGCAGAAAAUGUUUCAGAGUCUACAGGUAAAAACUCAGGAGUAGAAGAAACGUCACUGGUAGGCUCCUCUUCCAUUUCUCCAGGGCCUUUGGCAAGUCUUAGUCUGAGAGGGAAACCACCAGAUGUCUCCACAGAAGCAUUCUUAACUAAUUUAUCAAUUCCUUCAAAACAAGAGGAAACUGUGGAAAACAAAGAGAGAACAUUAAAAAGACCACUGCUCCAGGAUCAAGAGAACAGUUCGCAAGAUAAUAGGACUUCAAGUAACUCUCCUUGCAGGCCUAGCACCGGAAAGGGAAGCGUAGAUGGAACUGUGAGCUGCAGUGAGAAUCUUGUUGCUAACACCAGGUCCCCACAGUUUAUCAACCUGAAAAGGGAUCCUCGGCAAGCAGCAGGACGGGGCCAGCAGACAGUUCCAGACAGCAAGGAUGCAGAGAGCUGCAGAAACGGAGAACGGCAUGCUGUGUCUGCUCCAUCAUGCAACAAAGAGCCCGUAGAACCCGUCAGUGGAGAGGGAAAGCCCUCUUCUCUGGAGAAGAGCUCGUGUGUAGAGCAGAAUGAUGAUUCAGAGGCUGCGCCAAACUCAUCCUCAGUAGAAAACUCAAAUCCUUCACAAGCAGAACAAGCCAAUCCUUUACAAGAGGAUAUUUUAACACAAAAUAUUGAAACCAUCCACCCAUUUAGAAGAGGAUCAGCUACAUCAUCAUCUCAUUUUGAAGGUGGAAACACAUGCCAGUCAGAAUUUCCUUCUAAAAGCAUCAACUUUACUCCCAGGAGUACCAGCCCCCGAGCGAGUACAAACUUUUCACCAAUGAGGCCACAGCAGCCCAACCUCCAGCACCUCAAGUCUAGUCCUCCUGGAUUCCCAUUCCCAGGACCCCAGAAUUUCCCUCCCCAAAGUGUGUUUGGAUUCCCACCACAUUUGCCACCUCCGUUACUUCCGCCUCCAGGCUUUGGCUUUCCUCAGAAUCCCCCCAUGGCUCCUUGGCCACCUGUUCACGUCCCGGGCCAACCACAGCGCAUGAUGGGGCCCCUUUCACAAGCAUCAAGGUACAUGGGACCACAAAAUUUUUAUCAGGUAAAAGAUAUUCGGAGACCAGAAAGGCGACAUAGUGACCCAUGGGGUAGGCAAGACCAACAGCAACCAGAUAGGCCAUUUAAUAGGGGUAAAGGGGACCGUCAGAGAUUUUACAGCGAUUCGCACCACUUGAAAAGAGACCGUCAUGACAAGGAAUGGGAGCAAGAAUCUGAAAGGCACAGGCACAGAGACAGAAGCCAAGAAAAGGACAGAGACAGGAAAAGCAAAGAGGAAGCACAUAAAGAUAAGGAGAGACCACGGUUAUCACACAGCGAUCGAGCAGCAGAUGGCAAAGCCAACAGAGAGAGUAAGAGUGCAGACAAGAAACCGGACAGGCCUAAAGGUGAAGACCAUGAAAAGGAGAAAGAGAGAGAGAAGAGCAAGCACAGAGAGGGGGAGAAGGACAGAGAGCGGUACCAUAAAGACAGGGACCACACUGACAGGGCGAAGAGCAAAAGGUGAAACGCAAGGCUGCUUCAGCUUCAUACUCAAAACUGUCCGUGUGUCUUUAUAAGGUUGCCUGGUAGGCCUGUGCCGUCUUAGCCCUCGCUGUUGGAGGUGGGCAGAGCAGUAAACUGUGCUGGUGCGGAGUCCUGUGCACCAGUGCCCCCUUCACACCACUGUCCUACCUACAGGAAUUUAAUAUUUUUAAAGUUUUACAAUACUGUAUGUAUAUUCAAAGAUUUGUUUAAUUAAUAUGCAAUAAAGGCUUAGAAAUUUUAGUUUUAUUCCUUAAUUGGUAAAUAUGGUUAACUAUGAAAUAUAUUUCCUGCCUCUAGUGAAUGUCCUUUAUAUAAUGACUAAUUUGGAAGUAAUCUGUGCUCUGUACAUUUGUUUUCAAUUGCACUGUUUUUAAAGAAAAUGUAGAGGAGCGGCAAGAAAGCCAAGACUUCCCAGUCAGACCAUCCUGACUUAGGGGCAGCUUUUGACUGUGAAUCAAGAGCCCAGGGAGUCCAUUUGUUGCUUUAAUCUGUGCUCACUGAAGGCGGUGUGGUAGGCCAUAUCCCUUUCCUUUCUGCUCUUCAGAAACUUGAAUACUUAAGCUUGUACAUGAUCUUGUGUUUUGCUAUCCUUUUUACUGUAAAAUGUAAAUAUUUUAAGGGAUAUUUUGAUUCUAAAUAUGAUAAAAGAAUUUCUCACCUACUUUGUGUGUGUGAUUUGAAAUUCAAUAGUAAAAGCGAUUCUUCGAAGCUUCUUUUCCUUGAGACAUUAUUCUUUUACUCAGCCAAGAAUAUGUAGACAGACUGUCAGACAUUCCUAAGCGAGGAGUGGUUGUUCUUACAGCUUACAUGACUCACAUCUACCGAGGCUAGUGUUUAGAACUGCAAGUAGGGAGCUUUGCAGUCAGCCAUUUAGCUGCCAUUAUGUUUCUGAAAACUUAUAUAUGAUUAAACUUUGUUAUACAGACUCAGUAGUCAUUGUGAAACUGCAGACUUUUAAGUGAAAUGUAUUUUGAUUUUUGAUUAUAUUUUUUGGAAAAUGAUUUGUUUGUAGGGCAACUGUAAAAUUGAGUAUGCCAGUUUGACUUGAAAUAGAAAACACACAAGACUUGUUCUUUCAGAUCUAAACUUACUCACACCCUGAAAUCCAUCCUGUGCUGAUGUUUAAAACCUAAAGCAAUAGCUGCCGGCUGAUGCUAACACUCCACAGCCAGACAGGAGCCACCAGUGUGCUUAUCUACCUGUUCCAUGAAGAAUCCCGUAACGCCACAAAAUUAAGAAAACCGUUUCUAAAGGAGGAUUACCAUGUUUUUGAAACCAGAUUAACCUUCCCAAAGAAAAUAGCAGUCAAACAUUUUUAUCUGAAUUGCAAGGAUUACAAUAUUUUUUUCCCGUCUUUGCCUCUGAAAUUUAUCAUCAUCAUAAAAGUUCUAAAAUGAAGUUUUUCCAUUUAAAUAAAGUAUUUUUAAUGUC